AUGGAGACCAACUCGAGCGUUGCACCCCUGAGUUCCUUGCCGAGUCCAGGUACUUCUGGUCCUGCCACGCCUCCGUAUCUCGUCAACGAAAUUGCUUCGGAUCCCUAUGCGUCACCUGACUUUUCUUCGCAGCCGAGCUCUCAGGAGCUUAAGCAGCCCAAGGCUAUCGCGUUCCUCUACGACACCAUUGUCAUCGACGACGACGAUGAUGAUGCUGACGAUGCCUCUUUUCCGGAGCCCGCUGUGCAGAAGCCUCGAGCCAAGAAGCGCAAGAUUGACUCCGACACUGCAAACCAAUCUGAAUUCUACCGCCAAGGACCUGCCCUACCCGCCAGCCUUCCUCCCAACAUUGCCCAUCUGAUCCGUGGCUAUCAAACGGCCAAUAAAUGCACGGCGAUCCCCAACGAGAUCUACUGCGUUCAAGUCCAAAGAAUCUUCAAGAUUAUCGACAAAGUCACAAAGAAGGCCACCAAAGAAGCUGUGUACUUCCACGCUCAGACUGGUCAACGACUCCACAUCGACGCCUUCGCUCUCGAGUGGAUGAGAAAAGAUGAAAAGAAGGGCUCCGAGCGCCUCAUUGUCGCUAGUGGGGUUCCUUUGCAUGAGCCCGUCGCGCUUGCUCGCACCAAACCUUACAGCAAUGAGUUCAGAGCAUGGGGAGGCGUAAAUGACGAUCCCUCAACCCAGGCCAUCGUCGUCAGAAAGCUGAUACAGAUUGACGACGCUGGCAGCUCCCCAAUCUCUCACGUAACCUUAUCUUCAGGAGAAAGCGGCCAGCACGGUAUCGGCCAGACUAUUGGAUACCGAUCUGCAAUUGCAACCGGGUCUGCAAACGUCAAUCCAUUGACACUCUCUCGUGGUGGUUGUACGACCUCACUAAAGAGUGAUUCGACCCUCAAUUUGGCCCCACAAUCAACAGGCGGCCUUUGGACAUCAACUGUGCUCGAUGCCACCUUCACAGAGCGAGCCACGCACACACUGUUCCACUUCAAAAGUAACUUUGGCGACGCAGUCCGCAUCCGAGACGCUCUAAAGUGUCCUACUUAUCAGAGUCUCUUCAUCAAUGCAGUUGUCGGAGGGGUCAUCAGUGAAGACGAUCCUGUUCCUAUUCUCAGUUGUUCGAUGACCCUCACCGAUGCCUCAAAGCAUCGACAAGUGGUCGCAGACGAGCAGGACUUCAGGGAAAUGGUCGAAAUCGUCAUGCACGAUCGCGCCUGGCGAGGUGAUGCAGAGAACUGUAUCAUUCAAGUGAGCAAGUUCAAUAGUGCUUCAAGCACGCGAUCAAGAGCAUAG